CUCCUUCUCCUUCUCCUUCUCCUUCUUCUUCUUCUUCUUCUUCUUCUUCUUCUUCUCCUCCUCCUUUUUUUUUUUUUUUUAAAUGUUUGGGAUUCAAGAGACUUUAGGAAGAGGACCCACUCUGAAAGAGAAGUCGCUCGGCGCCGAGAUGGAUUCGGUCAGGUCCUGGGUCCGCAAUGUCGGCGUGGUGGACGCCAAUGUCGCGGCGCAGAGUGGAGUUGCUCUAUCUCGGGCCCACUUUGAGAAGCAGCCUCCUUCCAACUUGAGGAAAUCCAACUUCUUUCACUUCGUGCUGGCUCUCUAUGACCGGCAGGGCCAGCCAGUGGAGAUUGAGCGCACCGCCUUCGUAGACUUUGUGGAGAAUGACAAAGAACAAGGUAAUGAGAAGACCAACAACGGCACCCACUACAAGUUACAGCUUCUUUACAGCAACGGCGUCCGCACAGAGCAGGACCUGUAUGUCCGCCUCAUCGACUCAGUCACCAAGCAGCCCAUAGCUUAUGAAGGACAAAACAAGAAUCCAGAGAUGUGCCGAGUUCUGCUGACACACGAGGUGAUGUGCAGUCGAUGUUGUGAAAAGAAAAGUUGUGGAAAUCGAAAUGAGACUCCUUCAGAUCCAGUCAUCAUUGACAGAUUCUUUUUAAAAUUUUUCCUCAAGUGCAAUCAGAAUUGUUUGAAAACAGCAGGAAACCCCAGGGACAUGAGAAGGUUCCAGGUUGUGUUGUCGACAACGGUGAACGUGGAUGGGCAUGUGCUGGCUGUUUCUGACAAUAUGUUUGUUCACAACAACUCUAAACAUGGACGAAGAGCCAGAAGACUGGACCCGUCAGAAGCUACCCCCUGCAUCAAAGCUAUUAGCCCAAGUGAAGGCUGGACCACAGGAGGAGCCAUGGUCAUCAUCAUUGGAGACAACUUUUUUGAUGGCCUCCAGGUGGUGUUUGGAACCAUGCUCGUAUGGAGUGAGCUAAUCACCCCUCAUGCUAUCAGAGUGCAAACUCCUCCUCGACACAUUCCUGGGGUAGUGGAAGUGACAUUGUCUUAUAAAUCCAAACAGUUCUGCAAAGGAGCUCCAGGGCGGUUCAUCUACACAGCACUAAAUGAACCCACUAUAGACUAUGGGUUCCAGAGACUGCAGAAAGUCAUCCCAAGGCACCCUGGAGAUCCUGAAAGAUUAGCUAAGGAGAUGCUGUUGAAGAGAGCUGCAGAUCUGGUGGAAGCCCUCUAUGGCACACCACACAAUAACCAGGACAUCAUUUUAAAGCGAGCUGCAGACAUUGCUGAAGCCCUCUAUAGUGUCCCCCGCAACCCCAGCCAGAUUCCAGCUCUCUCCAGCUCCCCAGCACAUAGUGGCAUGAUGGGUAUCAAUUCUUAUGGCAGCCAGCUUGGAGUCAGCAUCUCGGAGUCAACACAGGGAAAUAAUCAAGGAUACAUCCGCAACACCAGCAGCAUCUCACCGCGAGGCUACUCUUCCAGCUCUACCCCUCAGCAGUCUAACUACAGCACCUCUAGUAACAGUAUGAAUGGCUACAGCAAUGUCCCCAUGGCCAACUUGGGUGUGCCUGGGUCACCAGGAUUUCUAAAUGGCUCCCCUACUGGCUCCCCCUAUGGAAUCAUGUCUUCAAGCCCCACUGUUGGAUCUUCCAGCACGUCCUCCAUUCUCCCAUUUUCCUCUUCGGUUUUUCCUGCUGUCAAACAGAAGAGUGCCUUUGCCCCUGUCAUCAGGCCCCAAGGCUCCCCUUCGCCCGCCUGCUCCAGUGGCAAUGGAAAUGGAUUCAGAGCCAUGACUGGACUUGUGGUGCCCCCAAUGUAAAGAGGAGGAUGGACUGCUUCCUUCUAGCACAAAAACUACUUACUUUGAUGGACCAAUAAUGAGGAAAGCACUCUGAGCUCUUUGGGGGAGAACUGAGCCCCAAAAUGAACAUGACGGACAGAUCUGGGUAUGCAAGAAGCCUGCAUCUUAACUGGUCUCGUAUUUCCGGUGUAGCUCUGAUGGUGGCUACGUACACUGAGCCUCUUGGGAACAAGGACAAAAGAUGUCAUUGACAUAGUCAGUGCUAAGAGCAGAAAUACAAUUCUUUGUUAUGAACAUUAUGAAAACCACCUUCCUAUGUUUGUAAAAUAUUUAAGAAAAAAAUUGGCAAACAAUUCAUGCUUAAUAUUUUGGAUACUAUUUGUUUUUCUUUGUAGGAAAAAAAAAGUUGAAAGUUUCUAUUUUCUAUGAAGCCUUUCAGAUACCAAUUUAGUUUAUGCAGAAAAAUAAUUGAACAAAACAGGGUACCAGCAUGGAAGACUUUCUUAAAAUGAAACCUGAAUUGAAUGAUGAAAUGUUGUAUGUGUGUUUGCUUAUAGUUUAAUCUCUUAAAAAAAAACAAAAAAGGGAAAAAUUUUAAAAUGUUUUACAAUUAUUUAAAUAAAUAAAUGUGUAACUUAUUGUAAGUAGAAGUAGAGAUGAAGAACGUUUUGGAAGAGAGAAAUUUCUCAUCCUGGUGUAAAAUGAAAAAAUGAUGCAAACAUGUAGUAACAAGUUUAAGAGGUGUGUGAUUAUUCCUACAGUUACUUACUAGACUCUUGUAUCCCCACUCUGUAUCCCCCGCCCCCGCCCUUUUCCACCAUUUUACUGAUCCACAGGCAAAAACAUGUACCUUAUGUAGUUCCCUACAGAGCAACCUGAUACCGAAAUAGAUUGGAGUUUGUGCACAUACACAGAUAUUCAAGCCCAUCAUCCAUUCCACACUUUGUCUGCUUUCUGAAUAAUCUCUAUGUCCCUUUCGGUAUUCACUUUUUGUGAUUUUUUUUUUAGGCUUUUAUUAGCUCUCAACACUCUUCUCUGAGCAGUGGAGAUCUCCCUGGUUUAGUACAUCCCAGGCUUUGAGCAUCCCAGGGAAAGAAGUAGCUCACUUUAUAGAUGAGCCAAAGUCAAGUGACUUUCCCAACCUAGUAGUCCCUUUUUGAUUUUUUUUUUUUUUUUCCCUUGGAAGAACCACACGCUCCUCCUCUUAGGUUACCUGUUUCACUGCAGAACGUCAGAAACAAGAGUUUGAAGAUGACUUUGUUUCUUCGACUCUUAAGCCUAGUUUUAGAAUGUCCACUUUUUUUUCUUCUUUCUACAGAUUUUCCCUUUUAUGGCAUUGAAAUUCUCUCGGAAAAUAAUAUGUAUUCAACUUAAUACAGUUACCAGGCAAGAAUAGGAUGGAUUUGGAAGAGAAAUGUUAAAAGCCCUGGAUCCCUCUCCUGAUGUUCAAAGAAAUGGAAUUUCAGAUUCCAGAGCCAGAGGACUGGGGGGCAUUUGUUAUUUAAAGUGUACAGUUACCCAGCUCUGCAAAGGGCUCUCCCUAGUCCUAGAACCUGUUCUUAGAAGGUGAGACCUUGCAGGAGUUUCUAAUAGUAGCUAAGUCCUGAAAGCCCAUUUUGCCCUGAAAACAUAUUUAGACUCAUUUGAAUUGCCAGAAAGAAUGCCAUUUUAUGUUCAUGGUCAGGGCAUUCCUUAUUGACUCAUAAUUAACACAGAAAAGUCUGUAUCUACAGACUUGAGUACCUUGGUUGGGGGUUCCAACAUUAUAUGGAUCAGUGUAGCUCUCCCAGAAAAGCUUAGUACAUCUGAGCCAAGUUUAGAUGACCUCAUAAAUUCUUCCUCUCUUUGCGCUACUCCAUUGAUAACAUUUCCCUACUUAUCCAACCCCCCAACUAUCUCAAUUGCCUUUAAUCCAUUCUGUAAUUAUCCAGUGAGACCCAAAUAUUAUUUAUAUGCACACGAGAAUCCAAGGGUUUGGUAAACUGACAUGCUUAUAGAUUCUGCUGACAGUCUCUCAUUGUUAGGGCUUAAAGUACCAAAAUAAGGGGGGGGGGGCAAAAGAGGUGGUUUCCAGAUUUUUCAGUCUGAGGGAGAGGGUGGGAGAGUGUGGAAAACAGAUAUUUACCAUCCCAAAGUGAAGGCAGAACAAAAUUAAGCACAUUUAGACCUGGAUUUGAGCCAGCCCAACAUAAGGAAAUUUUUUUUAAGUAGCAUUGCUUUAGAAUCUGUGAAUUUUACUCUUGCAUGAAGAUGAGUGCAGUACUGUCUUCAAAAUGAUUGUAGAAUUUGUUGGUAGCUUUACACCGAAAGAAUGUGUGUAACUAAAAUACCAGGCAUCCUUGACCAUUCAGCUAGAAACUUGGCAGCAACAGACCUAUUUAAUUGUACAAAUGUGUGUAAGGAUUAUCUUUAGUGUACUAAUAAAUUCAAAACAACACUA